AUGAACACUAGUUUCUGGGAAGAGGUUUGGGUGGGGAGUGUACCGCUUAAAUUCAGGUUUCCAAGGUUAUUUAAGCUGAGUGAAGACAAGAAAGGAAGGGUGGGGAAAUUCGGAAAAUGGGAGGGAGGUGUGUGGGCAUGGGAGCUCAGAUGGCGUAGAGGAUUGAGAGGGAGGGAAGUGAGCUAUUUCAACCAACUUACGGAGGUUAUUUCUGAUGUUGUUCCUUGUCUAGGUAAGAAGAACGGAUGGAGAUGGAAAGCGGCAAAAGAUGUCACAUUUUCUACUUCUUCGGCGUAUGAGACUAUAGCCAAGGAGAAAAGAGAGGAGGUGGCGUCCUCGGCGGCGGAAUUGGCGAAAGUGUGGAAUGCACCUACAAUUCAUAAGGCGAGGGUGACGGCUUGGCGAAGUUUGAGGAAUCGACUUGCCACAUGUGACAAUCUUCUCAAAAGAAAGAUACAAAUUGCAGAUGAUGAGAGGUGGUGCAAUGCAUGUGCGAUGGCGGAAGAUUCGGUGGAGCACGUGCUCCUACAUUGCCCAAAAACGGAACAAGUAUGGAACAAUUUGCAGCAAUGGAUCAACAUCAAGACAGCAAAACCAAAAGGUUUAUCUCAACACUUCUUGUCUUUCAUCUAUAGUAGCAAAGGAAAGAGAUGUCGGAAAUUUUUGAAAACAUUGUGGAUUGGUACGAUCUGGAUUCUGUGGAGAUGUCGGAAUGAGAGCAGGUUCCAAGGAAAGGUCUGGGAGAUUCAAAAAGUUUCACAGGAAAUUAAAGGUAGGAUGUGGAGUUGGAAUUCAAUUUUUCACAUAGUGGAUACAAGUAUUCCAUUCCCUUUGUGGUGCUCUAAGGAUUUCACCCUGGAUUUUCUGUAA